GAAUGCUAUAUUAUUAUGUUAGUAAUAAAUGUUACUGUAUACCAUUCUGUUUACAUUUCAGUUCAAUAUAAGCCGGGAUCUGUGGCCAAACACGGUGAAUAUCGAUUUUAUUUUGACGUAAGCGAUGUUUCUAUGGACGAUAUUCUAACAACGGCGGAAUUACGUCUGUUUAAGCGUUUUGCAACAUUCAGUAACGAAUUAUCCGGAGCGUACACACUGACUGUAUAUCAGAUAGUACAUGAUGCAUAUUCUGGAGUAAAAGAGAAACGCUACCUGUCAAACCAAGUGCUGUCGGCGGAAUAUCAGGGUUGGUUAGAAUUGGACAUUACCGAGACCAGUUUGCUCUGGCCUUCAUUACCACGUGGACAUCUUGAACUUGAGAUCAUCGUUGAGAAUUUUAGAGGUGAAAUAGUUAGCUCAAAGGAUAUCGGAAUAGUUGGAAUUUCAGAUGAAGACGAUAAAGAACCUUUCGUAGUGGCAUUUUUCAAAACUUCACCAGAAACGCAUUUAAGAAGGACAAGAGCUGCAAAAAAAAACAAAAAGAACAAGAAAUCUGGAUCUGACUCUACUUUAAGUGUAGAGUCAGCAGGAAAAUCUAGAAAAGGAAACAAAGCUCGACAAAAAGAAUGCCAGAAAAGAAACCUGUUUGUUAGUUUUAAAGAUCUUGAUUGGCAAGAUUGGAUCAUUGCACCAGAGGGAUAUGAAGCAUUCUACUGCUAUGGCGAGUGUGCUUUCCCCUUGAACGGACACUUGAAUGCCACAAACCACGCCAUCGUGCAGACGUUAGUUCAUCUGAUGAGUCCGAAGCAUGUGCCACAACCGUGCUGCGCGCCAACAAAAUUAAGCGCCAUUUCAGUGCUCUUCUUUGAUGAAAGUUCAAACGUAAUUUUGAAAAAAUACCGAGAAAUGACUGUGAAAGCUUGCGGAUGUCAUUAGUUAAAAGUGUCCAUGGCUAGAACUAAAAUGCAACUAUGUAUCCCAUAGGGCGUAUGCCGACAGCUGCAUAACUUAUUUUGUAACUUUUAAUUACAAAAAUACCUGCAUGAGUUCAUAGCCUCAGUCAUUUUGAAUAUAAUGAAAAUAUUUAUGUUAAUUCCGUGAUGUGUUGUGUAGAUUAUUGUUAUAAAUAGCAUCAAAUAUAAUGUGGAAAUAUGUUUGGAAAGGUAAAAAAAAACAACUGUAUUUUACUGUAAUACAGUACCAGCUUAUAACCAAUACACCUAUAUCGUAUUUAUUGAAACAAAACUUACAAUUAUAACCUAAGAGAAACUAUUUACAUUAAUAAUUAACUUGCAUUAUAGUCUACCGUACCUCCUUAAGAAGUGUCUAACCUACUAUUUGUUUAAGGGAGGCGACUAUAACUUCAAGCAUACGCAGACGUUUACCAUGUUAUAAGAUGUAUUUAUCAAAACUUAGUAUAGGCUUACUGUACAGCUAGAGUUUGGUCUUAAGGGGACUUGUAUCUAAUGUCAAUGACAUUCUUUCGAUCAAAAACAAUAUUGUAUAAUGUAGUUCAAUGUAUAAAGUUGUUGUUAUAUAUGUUUCGCUAUUUUGUUAGUAAUAAAUGUUUAAUAAACGUGUUCUAUGUAUUUAGAUGAAUAUUAAAUCCAUUCUAAUAUUGCUUCUUUGACAUUUUUAAACAACAAUCCAUUGAUUACUGUACAUACAUUUAAAGAAAUUUUACCAAAAAGUGACUCAAUUUUACUCAGGCGAUUAGAGUUCCUAUAAGAACUCUACAGGCUAAAGUAUCAGAUCCAUCUAUCAUGGCUCUGUAAGCGAUUAGCGAUUUGUCUAAAGCGUCCCCUACAUUUUCAAAUGAUGAAUGGUGGCGCUACGCAGAGGCAAACAAACGACAGAUAUUAUGGUAUUGUGUAGCGAAACUGAGUUUUGUGUGUGCUCUUAAACCAAAGCGUUGGCUUUUUCUUUGAUUUGUAAAAAUAAAAUAUAUUCGAGGUGACACUUUAUUGAGAUUCAUCUGUGAAUGAUGAGGACCGUCCUAUUAGGCAGAAAUCUUUCAUUCGGAUAAGGCCUAAUGCUAAUCUUAUCAACAAAACUUUAAUAUUCAGUUGUGUAUUCUUAAAUGUUUUCUCAUGAACCCUAAACUUUAGUUCAUCCGUAGCACCUAAAUGACUGUAAAUACUUAUCUGUAGUGACGCUACGCUUUGCAUGUAUAAUUACAGAAUUUUUUUGUUUAUUUUUGUAGUGCAGUAAUGGUUAAGAUUUGUUUAUAGUAAUUAUAAUUGGUGCUAGGCAGUACCUGCUAUAACUAAGCUCGAUCUCGCUCUAAUCUGCGAUUGGCCCUAAUUGGCAUGAUGACGUGAAUCGCAUCCUCAUUUACAUAUUUCCUCCAUGUUUACAUAGAGCUCGCUGACCACUAGGUAGAAUUACAUGUGGUCGUGAGAGAAAUGAUGAUUAUCGUUAAGGUUGUUAUUAUUACCGUACAUUAUCAUGUACACUAUAUUGUACAUUACAUUUAUAUUAUAUCAAACAUUUUGCCUACUCUCAUGUUUUCUUUCUUGAGCCUUGAUAUGGAAAAUAUGAAAACGUAACAUUAUAAAUAUUUUGUAUCAUCAAUUUGCGAAAUUUUCGAUUAAUCAUGCAAACAAGAUGAUGAUAAACUGUGAUCAAUGUAUUAUAUAAAUAAAGUAUUGCAAAACUGAUAACAAUC